AACAGGCUGACUGUGCGCCGAGCCUGCCUCCCCGUGGGCGGGUUCAUAGGAAAUACGAGGAUCAGGAAGUAGAGAGGUUUUUUUUUUUUUUGAGAUUCGUUGUGUCUCCGAAGUUACAAUUGUAGUGUUCAAAGUUUGACUCUGUCUCAGACCAGAUAAACGCAGUGGUCAAAGAAAAUCAGGUUUGAAAGCGUGUGAACGCUGCCUACGAAGUCUAAGCACCAGCUGAGGAGAUCAUGAAUCGAGUCCCCCUGCAGCAGCCGCAGAGCUGCGGGCCCUGGGAGCUGAAGGAGCGGCUGGGCACUGGAGGCUUUGGAAACGUCACCAGAUGGCAAAAUAAGGACACAGAGGAGCAGAUCGCCAUAAAGCAGUGCCGUCAGGAGCUGAGCGAGAGAAACAAAGAGAGAUGGUGUCUGGAGAUCCAGAUAAUGAAGAGGUUGGAUCAUGUUAACGUUGUUGCAGCCAGAGAGGUUCCUGAAGGUAUGCAGAAACUUGUGGCCACCAAUGACCUGCCACUGCUGGCCAUGGAGUACUGCCAGGGAGGAGAUCUGAGAAAGUAUCUGAACCUCUUGGAGAACUGCUGUGGAAUGAGGGAGGGCUCCGUUUUGAUUUUGUUACGUGACAUUUCUUCAGCUCUGACCUACCUCCACAAGAAGAGGAUCAUCCACAGAGAUUUGAAGCCGGAAAACAUUGUGCUGCAGCAGGGAGAGAAGAGAUUGAUCCACAAGAUCAUAGAUCUAGGCUAUGCUAAAGAGCUGGACCAGAGCAGCCUUUGCACAUCAUUUGUGGGAACACUGCAGUACUUAGCUCCCGAGCUCAUUGAGAGGCAGAAGUACACCGUCACUGUGGACUACUGGAGCUUCGGGACUUUGGUGUUUGAGUGUAUCACAGGAUUUCGCCCCUUCUUACCGACCUGGCAGCCUGUUCCCUGGCACAAUAAACUGAGGCUGAAGCAGGAUGAUGAUAUUGUUGUCUAUGAGGACCUCUCAGGGGAAGUCCGCUUCUCCAAACAUCUGCCUCAGCCCAACAACCUCAACAGUCUGUUAUUAGAGAAAAUGGAGAGGUGGCUACAGCUGAUGUUAAAGUGGUCUCCUCAGGAGAGAGGCAAAGACCACGAAGCUACGCCCAGUGACUGCUUCUCCCAGCUAGAGAUCAUACUGCAGCUCAAGCUGGUUCAUGUCCUAAACAUGAUGUCCGCGAAGAUCCUGACAUACUCAGUCUCCGACAAUGAGACUGUGGCCGACCUGCAGCUGAGAAUAGAAAAAGACACCGACAUCCCUGCGGCCAAUCAGGAGCUGCUGCUGGAGGCGGGAUUAGCCUUAGAGCCUAACGGGCUGGCCACGCAGUGUGCCAUAGAUUACACGGAAAUAGAUGGUCGACGGACAGACUUGCCUCUGGUCUUCCUGUUUGAUCGCUCCUCUUGCAGUUAUGAGCCCCAGUUUGCUCCUCGCACCCUCCCAGAAAACAUCCGCUUCGUUCAAAAUGACCCAAAGCACCUUCUGGCUUACAGCCCUCUGAGGAGGACUUGCGGCCAGGCAUGGCACACCAUCCGCUCGCUGAAGGAAGACUGGCAAAGACUGCAGCAGGGGCAGAAAGCUGCCAUCAUGAGCUUGCUGAGGCACAACUCUUCACUGUCCAAACAGAAGAAUGAGAUGGUGUCCAUGUACCAGAGACUCACAGCCAAGCUGGACUUCUUCACCACUAGCCUUCACAUAGACAUGGACAAAUAUCAGGAGCAGACAGCCACUGGGAUCGCGUCAGAGAAACUCCUCUGCGUGUGGAGGGAGAUGGAGCAAACUGCUGUCAGCUGUGGUCAGGCCAAGGUGAGUGAACUGGAAGAAGAGAUGAUGCAGCUGCAGCCAGACAUAGUGGAUGUGCAGAGGCAGCCGUGGAGGAGUGGAGAGGCCCUGGACACACUAGAAGGAAAGGCCAUGGAGCUGUUCCGUAAACUCAGAGAGAAACCCAGAGUUCCUCUGGCUUUUCCUUUUCCCUCUCCCUGCUCAGACCAGAGGUGUUCAGGGGACAGUCAGGAGGUGGUGCGCCUGGUGCUUCAGGCCGUGCAGUUCUACGAGAGGAAGCUUAGAGACUUCUACACACACCUCAGUAAGACAGCAGUUUGCCGUCAGCGUGUGAUGGAGCUGCUGCCGAAGGUGGAGGGCGUGGUCCAGAAGAUGGCAGAGAGCGAACAAGUCCUGAUGAGUCUGCAGGAGAAGCGACAGAGGGAGCUGUGGAACCUGCUCAAAGUUGCCUGUAGUAAAGUUCGCAGCCCAGUAAGUGGUAGUCCCGAUGGAUUACGAACCCCCUCGUCAGUGCCGCCUCUUCUUACCCCCAGACAAAGUUUACAGCAGCUUGACGAGUCUCUUGUGGAGCAGAGCCGGACGUUUGAGAGUCGACUCCAGAGUUUGCUGCAUGACACCAUCCAGGAAUCAGAAAACAGUAUGGAGAUGUUGAGGGAGUGGACGUGGCUGCAUGGAGGCCAGAGUUUCUCCAGUGACCUCUCCUAAAUUGGGUUUCAUUCUUUGAAUACAUGUGAUACUGUACUGCCUCUGUGUGGAUGGGAUGUCACACUACAUGGGGAUGUAGCACCAGCUGUUCUGUGUGACAAUGUGAAUGACACCUGCUGGCAGAUACUUACUUAAUGAGAUUAGGGAGUCCCAGUAUUUAGAGCACUGAAGCCAGUUCUAACUCCGAUAACGAUUGAUAUGAGAGAAAGUUAGAAGAGAAUUACUAUUUAUUUACCUAUCCGUAAGUUUAGGAGAACCAUUGAGUAAGUUGAGGUAAAAUUGCACCUCAUUAUGCAAAGAUCAACCAUUCCACUGAUUUUGUCAGAUGAUCCUACAGAAUUGAUUUUAAACUUAAACUGUUUAUAAAAUCCCGGUCAGAACAUUCCCACAGUUUUACAGUAUGCGGAGGGGUGUGCAGACUGUACAAAGCUUCAAACUGGAUCUUGAAAUAGCUGAGACAGACAAAGAGCAAAUUUAUCCUCAAAUUUACAUACGAGAGAAUUUGUGAAUGUCAGUAGUGUGUUACAGAAUUGUAACCAGAAAUAUUUCCGUCUUAGAUUUGAAACUAUAUAUUUUUUUACAUUUGUUUCACCAUGUUUGGUGGACUUUUUAUUUGAAAACUAUAGAUUGUAUUUUAAGACUCAUCACAAAUUAAAAAAUAAUGGGUUUCAGUUAAAAUUUCUGUUAAUUUCUAUCUCUGCCUUGAACUAUUUGUUAUGUGCCAAAAUGUGUUUCUUGCUGGACCAUUUUUUUUUUUUUUUUUUAUUGCAAUUUUUAUUAUAGUAAGACAAUCAUUGAACAAAAUGGGAAACUAUAAUAACUGUAUUCUGAAUGCCUGUUUGAAUGUGUUAAUUUUUUUCCAUCCACAGAUAAUUAUAUGGAGGGUGGACACAAUAUCAGGAACACCCGUACAAUAUGGUACACAGCAGUAUCCCUGCAAUCAUUUUUAAGAGUUGCAAAGGUUAUAAAGUUAAAUUCAUGUUGAGACCAUGUCAGAGAUGUUGGGUAUGCGGUAAUGUUUGUAGCCAUAGUGAAGACAACACAAACAUAUCCCGUGACUCUCUUGGCUUGGUCCAAGAUGGCGAUAACACAGAUGAUUUAUGGUCUAAACCAUAACUGGUUUUGAAACAUGUCCUCGCUUCAUUAAAACUAUGCAAAUGCAAAAAUAGUCACAUUUAUUUAUUUUUGUAGAACUGUGAAAACAGUUACUAAAAUGACUACAUUCUACAGCAGUAAUUAAUUUUACCUCCAUUAUAUUUUAAUCUGUAUAUUUUAGAUAUGACUUUCUACAAUACGAUGUUGUACCGCUGUAUCAUUUUUUCACACUUUGCUUCAAAGCUGUGCCUAUUUUAAUCCCACCUACUGGAGGUAGACUUUAAUGUAUAUAGAUCAUACAAAGUGACGUGAGAUGUUACAUUAUCAAGUGUCAGUGAUGUCUUGAUGUCUACUUGCGUGCAUACUCUAUGGUGUUAAGAUUGUAAUGUCAGAAUUUGAAACAUUUUUCUAUCAUCAUUUUUAAAACAAAAUUGAAUUUUUCAUCUUGAAUACAGUGCUUUAUUGUACUGUAAGUGAUGUUUUCUUUUAUUAAUU